UAUUUAAACACCCAGAUCUCCAUUGAAAACGAAUCAACUAAUCAUUUUUAGCAUGCAUGGCUUCACACAGUGAAGAGACUAAUCACGUGCGAGGAGAUGUCUUGAACGGCAGUGGUGCUUAUCUGACAUGGGAGGAUCUUUGGGUGACAGUUCCUACAGUUAAAGAACAUCAUGGUACUAAAUCGAUUCUUCAAGGCCUCACCGGCUACGCCUGCCCCGGCGAGGUGUUGGCCGUUAUGGGUCCUUCUGGUUGCGGCAAAUCCACCCUUCUUGACUCGUUGGCAGGAAGGUUGAGUUCAAGAACAAAGCAGAAAGGGGAAAUUCUGAUAAAUGGUCGGAAACAGAAGCUCGCGUAUGGAACUUCGGCGUAUGUAACGCAAGAAGACACUCUAACAUGGACAUUAACAGUACGAGAAGCCGUUUACUUCUCAGCGCAGCUCCAAUUACCCGUAAAAAUGUCCAAAUCCGAGAAAAGGGAAAUCGCAGAGAGGACUAUAAGGGAAAUGGGACUUCAAGAUUCGUUAGAUACAAGAAUCGGAGAAUGGGGGAGAAAGGGGCUUAGUAGUGGGCAGAAGAGAAGAGUCAGCAUUUGCAUAGAAUUGCUAAAACGCCCGAAGCUCCUUUUUCUCGACGAACCGACAAGCGGGCUCGAUAGCGCAGCUUCCUACUUUGUCAUGAACAGAAUAGUGAAGCUGGCUCGUGAGUAUGGAAUGACGAUUAUAUCCUCCAUCCAUCAACCAAUCAGUGAAGUUUUCCAGCUCCUUCACAAUCUCUGCCUUCUCUCGUCUGGUAGAAUGAUAUACUUUGGACCCUCGUCUUUAGCCAAUGAGUUUUUUGCAUUGAAUGGAUUUCCAUGCCCAGCUCUGCAAAAUCCAGCCGAUCAUUAUCUGAAAAUGAUAAACACGGAUUUUGAUGAGGACAUUGAAUGGGGUGCCGGAGACAAAUUCACUGCGGAGGAAAUAAUUAAUCUGCUCAUAAGAUCUUAUGUUUCGUCAAACACUUGUGAUCAGAUGAAGACAUUAGUGUCUGAAAUACGUAAACGUGAAGGAGGACCAGUGGAGAAGAAGGAGAGCCAAGCUAACUUAUUUACACAAUGCCAAAUCCUCACGAAAAGAUCGUUCAUCAACAUGUUUCGUGAUCUGGGCUACUAUUGGUUACGAUUGGCAAUUUACGUUGCCUUGGGUUUUGGCUUAGGGAGUGUGUUUUAUAAUGUGGGAAGUAGCUAUAGCUCCAUUCACGAAAGAGGUUCACUACUCAUGUUUGUUGCUUCACUAUUGACUAUAAUGGCAAUCGGCGGCUUCCCUUCGUUCGUAGAAGACUUGAAGGUUUUUCGACGGGAAAGAUUAAACGGCCAUUACGGGGCGGCGGCAUUCGUAAUCGGCAACACAAUUUCUUCGACCCCGUUUCUUCUGCUCAUAUCCGCAAUACCCGGUGCGAUCACCUACUUCCUCGCAGGACUCCAUCAAGGAAACCUAGAAUUUUCCUACUUCACUUUGGUGCUCUUUUCUUGCAUGAUGCUAGUCGAGAGCUUAAUGAUGAUUGUGGCGAGUAUAAUGCCUAAUUUCCUCCUCGGCCUUAUUGUUGGUGCCGGUGUGCAAGGGCUAAUGAUGCUAAGUGGCGGAUUCUUUCAAUUGCCGAACGAUUUGCCCAAGAUAUUUUGGAAGUAUCCGAUGUAUUACGUUGCGUUUCAUAAGUAUGCUUACCAAGGGUUGUACAAGAACGAAUUUGAAGGGCGGAAGUUUGAUAGUGAUCGGAUUGGAGGGGCGUUGACCGUUGACGGGGAGACCGUUUUGAGGGAGAUUUGGCAAGUGGAGAUGGGGUACUCGAAGUGGGUUGACCUUGGUGUUUUGUUUGGGAUGGUGGUUGUUUAUAGGGUGAUUUUUUUUGUUGUUGUUAAGGUUGGUGAAAAGAUCGGUAGUGUGAGAGAUUUCGGUUUGUCUAGUCUUGAACCGGAAGAACAUUGAUAUUUAUGCAUUAUUUGUAACGGAAUGUUAUGUUGCAUUUGGAUGGAACGAUUUGAAUGAAAGAUUCCGAGUUUGCGAUGAA